CUACCGGGUUUGUUGUGCACGCUGCGCACUUGUGUUAAACAGAAGGACAGGGCUUUUAUUUUGCUGCCUUGUGCCACUCACUCUAUCAUAUAAGUUUUCUAUGGCAAAGAGACGCGCGGAAGAACCUUUACUGCUGGACUCUCCCAUUAAAAGAAGACAUCUUGCUCCACUCUGUUGUGUCGGCAUGCAGCCAGAGAGCAUGGCUUCAGCAGGGGGUGUGAGUUCCCCGUCCAUACUGACUCUGUUGGGCAGCCGAUGUCGAAAAAGGCCUCAUUAUUCCGAUAAUGAAGCAUCUGAUUUAUUUCCCAAGGUUUCGCUAUGGGACUCUGGAAAGUUUGCAUUGGAUGUGUCGCAGGAGCCACCUUCUGGAAGUUUCCAGGACGAGCGCGGGCCCUGCACACUUUCACGAAAUAAGAGACCCAGAGAGGACAGUUUUGGUUCGGACACAGUUAGACCUGCAGUAAAUGAUAAAACAGACAAGGACUCCUCUGAAGAUGACACUUAUAACUCUUUUCAGUACUGGAGGGUCCCCUUACCUGAACUUGACCUUUCACUGCUAGAACAUACUAGUGACCAGUCCCAAAUGAAAGACAAGUCCAAAGACAAUACCACGUCUGCAGAUGCAAUGGAGAGCUGAAGAUGAUGGACACUUUAAGGCUUUAUUUACCUGAGCAAAGCAUCAUGCUGUUUAGCAGUCUUUUGCGAUAUGAUCUAAGAUCUCACUGAUGCUUUUUGGAUCAGCUCUUGGCCUUUCUGAAGAUUCUAAGUUCAGCAGGCUUGUAAACGCCACGGGGGACGUUUCAUUCAAACAUGCUGCAAAUCUGCAUCAGAACCGGAGGAAACGUUGGUUGGGGAGACUUUUCUUCAACCUACCAGGUUUCAUCAAGAUGGGUGUCACAUACCGCUUUUAAUAACUGAUGAUUUCAAGUUGGUUCUUUAACCCACUGCAGUGUUACUUUGCAAAUGACUUUCCAGUAUUUUUCAGUUCCAAAUACAUGUCCAUUUUUGUUCAUUUCUUUUUGUCUUUUCUGGUAGAGUAUCUGCAGAUAGUCUUAAAGCCCAGCUGCUGCAUAAAUCUUUUUUUUGCACCUGGUAUUCUGGAAAGGCGAGAACUCUUAAGCCUUUAAAAAGUCUGGGAAGUUAAAGGUGAGACGAGAGGGAUUUAUUUCUUUAGCAUAUUUCAGUAGAAGGACAAUUCAAAGUAUUUUAGAAUAGAGUAAUGGCAGGGAAAUAAAACAUGAAUAAUUCACAAAUGUGAGCUAAAGUUCCCCCUACAGUGGUGAGGAUGCACUAUGUUUCACCCUUUUUCCUUUUCUUCUUUUACCCCUACCUAUUAAAAAGUCUGUGUACGCCAAUGUACUUGAUUAAUAUUUUAAUGAUUUGAAUGUUCUGAUGCUUUUAUAAUGUAACACACUUUGAAUUGCCUGCUGCUGAAAUGUGCUAUAUGAAUACAUUUUACUUACUAAAGAGUAACUAGAAAAGAGUUAGAAAGCUUUUAUUGUCCUUUCGUACACAUAGUGUGCAGAAAACAAAAUUUUGUUUUGUACAGCUAUCAUAUUUCCAUUCCUUAAAGUGCAGCAGUGAUCAAAUGUAUCUCUCUCAAAAGAGAGAUAAAAGCUAUGAAAUCAGUAGGAAAAAGAAUGAAAAACUAGAGUUUAGGCUGCCUAAAAAAAGAAAUAAACAUAUUUAGAACAGUCAAGGGCAACU